AAGGAGCUCGAUAUAAGGAGCAAGAAACGAUGAUCAGCCCCAAGAAACUGCUUAGGAUGGCAAGGAAGUGGCAGAACUUGGAUGCCACCGGAGGGAAGUUUCUCGCCACGCCUUCAGUGGCAGAUAAGGGACAUUUCGUCGUCUACACGACGGAUGAACGGCGCUUCAUGAUACCCUUGUCGUAUCUUUGCAGCGACAUCUUCCAAAUGCUCUUUGAGAUGUCUGAAGAGGAGUUUGGGCUGUCAAGCGACGGCCCUAUCAUCAUGCCUUGUGAUGCAGCUGCUAUGGAGUACAUAGUGUCCCUAGUCAAACAAGGCGUGGCUAAAGAACUGGAGAAAGCUUUGCUGAAUUCAAUUCUCUGUAGACGGUGCUCAUAGACGGCAUCUUGCUAUCGAAGUCUGUUUCCAAGUUCUUGUUCGCAGUUAAUGAUAGCACCAACUCUAACGUGUAACUAGGCCACACCACACAGAUGAAGCUUGUAAAUAUACUCAGCUUAUGAUUCUCAAAUGUGAAGUAUACAAAAUCCUAGAUAGUAUAUUUU